AUGCCUGAUGCUAAGGAAGGAGAAGAUCGCGUCUACAUGAAAAUCACUGGCAUGAUGGUCCAGAUAUUGAUUGACAUGGCCCCAGAGUAUCGCAAAUACGUUGUAUUAGAGAACGGAAAGCGAGUAAUCUAUGUGCGGGUACUACGUGCUAUAUAUGGGAUGUUGCAAUCGAGCCUCCUAUUCUAUAAUCAAUUUCGAAGUGAUUUGGAGCAAACUAUCAGAUUUCAUGUUGACAAUCUUAUGUCAAGUCACAUGGAUCCAAAAGUAAAUGAGGAAUUUGCUGUUGAACAUGAGAUAUGGUUCGAUCAAGGCAUGCACAAUUGUCAGAGGAAAGAUACACAGAUAUCUUGGAAUGACUUUGGAUUUCUUGGUGAAAGGAAAACUCAAGAUCUGCAUGGACGACUAUGUCAAGAACAUGUUGGAAGAUUUUCCUAUCAAGUUCAACAAGGAUUCAAAGCAGGAAACACCAGCUGGUAA